AUGUCGAUGAGGAAGUCGAACAUGUCCGACUUGGCCAGGGCCGAGGCGAUGUCGGAGCGCUGCAGGGUGCGGCGCUUGUUCUCCUCGGCGUGGAUCCAGGCGCGCAUGGUGAGCUCCGUGAUGAAGAUGUCGCAGCCCUUGGCGAAGAGGAUGGGGGCCUCGGCCGAGAUCAUCUUAACCUCUGGGUCGGCCUUCAUGACCUUCUUUAUCCGGGCAAGGGGGAGCUGGUGCAGCUUGUAG